AUGGCCGCCGAGCUCGUUCAAUUGAAUCCCGGACAACAAGUGGAGAGAUGGAACAUUGAGAAAAAACUCGGAGAGGGAGGAUUCGGAGCCGUCUACCGCGUGUUCGACUCUACCGGAAAGUACGCGAUGAAAGUGGAAGGCGCCAACGAGCAGAUCCAAGUCCUCAAGCUGGAGGUCUCCGUGCUCAACGAGCUCUCGAAGCGUGGAAACCGUCACUUCUGCAAGAUCGAGGACAAGGGCCGCUUCGGAAACUUCAACUACGUCGUCAUGACGCUCGUCGGAAAGUCUUUGCAAGACCUGAACAAGGCGGGACCGGGAGGCCACAUGACGAUGGGAUGCUCGAUCGGAAUCGGAAUCCAGUCGCUCGAGGCGCUCGAGGACCUUCACAACAUUGGAUAUUUGCAUCGUGACGUCAAGCCGGGUAACUACACGAUCGGCCGUCCGGAGUUGAACGAGAUCCGCAAGGUCUACAUCCUCGACUUCGGAAUGUGCAGAAAGUUCACCGGAAAUGAUGUGAGGGAGGGAUGACGGUGGGAAGGGAAUGCAUUUGAAUUUUAGGGAACGAUCAGAAAACCGAGACAGGCGGCCGGAUUCCGUGGAACCGUCCGUUACGCUCCGAUCAGUUGCCACUUGCAGCGAGAGCUUUGCCGGUGAGAGACGGGCGGAGAGACAAAAAGAGAAGAGGUAUUUGCAGCAAGGACGACUUGGAGACGUGGAUGUACAUGCAGGUGGAGCUCUCCUACGGACAGCUCCCCUGGCACCACAUUAACGAUAUGAACCAGGUCGGACAGCAGAAGCAGGGGAUCCGCAGCAACCUCGCCCAGCUGUUCCCGCCGCCGUGCCCUCCGCAGUUCCAGGACAUCAUGCGAAUGGUCGAUUCGCUCAAGUACUACGACGCUCCGAACUACGCGGCCAUCUACGGAGUAUGUUGAGAGUACGAAUGAGCAGGGACUAACUGGAGGUGCUUCAGAUUAUGCGUCAGGCGUACGGAGCUUGCGGAUCGAGCGAGCAGGCGCCGUACGACUGGGAGAACGGAGGACCGGCUGCCCACGUCCUUCACUAA